UUCCUCACCGCUCUUUGUCUCUCUUUCUUUAUAUAGUCGCCCGCUCCUCCCCCCUCGGUCCCCUCCUCCUCCUCUUCCUCCUCCCUCAUUCCCUUUCUUCUCUCGUCUCUCAUAAUCUACCCCCCUCUUACUCGCAAUGUCUGAGAAAAACUACAAAGUAUCCGGUGAGGCCCCCGCCUACACCACCACCGUCGAGUCCGGCUCGAGCACCUACGGCCAGACCACCGAGGCUCCCGUCGGCGUCUGGGCAAACUUCAAGGACUCCUUCCGCCCCAACGAUACCUACCUCGCCAACCGCGCCGCCGCCGCCGGCCAGCACGAGUAUGACAUCGAGGCCGCCGCCAAGCGCACCGCCGCCUCCCCGCUCGCUCGCAAACUCAAGGGCCGCCAUCUGCAGAUGAUCGCCAUCGGUGGCUCCAUCGGCACCGGUCUCUUCGUCAACUCCGGCAAGGCCCUCCACAACGGUGGCCCCGCCUCGCUCCUCAUCGCCUUUGCCCUCAUUGGCGCUAUGCUUUACACCGUCGUGCACGCCCUCGGCGAGCUCGCCGUCCUCUUCCCCGUCGCCGGUUCGUUCUCUACCUACUCCACCCGCUUCAUCGAUCCCGCCUGGGGUUUCGCCAUGGGCUGGAACUACGCUCUGCAGUGGCUCGUUGUCUUCCCGCUCGAGCUCGUCGCCGCCUCGAUCACGCUCUCGUACUGGAACGUUGACGUCAACAACGCCGUCUGGAUCACAAUCUUCUGGGUCGUUAUCGUCAUCAUCAACUUCUUCGGUGUCAAGGGUUACGGUGAAGCAGAGUUUGUCUUCUCCUUCAUCAAGGUCAUCGCAGUCAUUGGCUUCAUCAUCCUCGGAAUCGUCCUCACCUGCGGUGGCGGCCCCAAGGGCGGCUACAUCGGUGGGAAGUACUGGCAGGAUCCCGGCGCUUUCAACAACGGCUUCAAGGGUCUCUGCUCCGUCUUUGUCACCGCUGCCUUUGCCUUCUCCGGCACCGAGCUCGUCGGCCUUGCCGCGGCUGAGACCGCCAACCCGAGAAAGACUCUUCCUUCGGCUGUCAAGCAGGUCUUCUGGCGUAUCACCCUCUUUUACAUCGUCGCCCUCACCCUCGUCGGACUCCUCGUGCCCUACAACGAAAAGCACCUGCUCGGAGCCUCCUCCGUCGACGCCACUGCCUCGCCCUUCGUCAUCGCGAUCCAGAACGCCGGAAUCAGCGGUCUUCCCUCGGUCAUGAACGUCGUCAUCAUGAUUGCCGUGCUCUCCGUCGGCAACUCGUCCGUCUACGGCUGCUCGCGCACGCUCGCCUCGCUCGCCGAUAUGGGCCAGGCUCCCGCCAUCUUUGGUUACAUCGACAAGUCUGGCCGCCCGUUGGUCGGAAUCGUCAUUACCUCGAUCUUCGGUCUCUUUGCCUACGUCUCGGCCUCGUCCAAGGAAGGCCAGAUCUUUGACUGGCUCCUUGCUCUUUCUGGUCUCUCGUCGAUCUUCACCUGGGGCUCCGUCUGCCUCGCGCAUAUCCUCUUCCGCCGCGCCUGGAAGCUCCAGGGCCACUCGCUCGAGGAACUCGCCUUCCGCUCGCACCCUGGUGUCAUUGGCUCCUACUUUGGUCUGAUCCUCAACUUCCUCGUCCUCGUCGCCCAGUUCUGGAUCGCUGUCUGGCCCACCGGAGGCACCCCCAACGCCUACGACUUCUUUGUCUCGUACCUCGCUGCCCCGGUCGUCCUCGUCUUCUACAUCGGCUACAAGGUCUGGUUCCGACCUCCUUUCGUCAAGCCCUCGACCGCUGACCUUGUCACCGGCCGUCGCGAGAUCGACAUCCCCGCCCUGAUCGAGGAGCUCCAGGCCGAGCGCGCCGCCUUGAAGCAGCGCAACUUCUUCUACCGCACGUACAAGUUCUGGUGUUAAGUCUUGGUUUUCUUUUCCUUUUUCUUUUUCUUUUUGCUUUGUGUCUUUGUUUUAGUACUUUGAUGAGUCAAAGUAUGGUUGGUCUGGUAUUGCAGUAGUAAUCUUUGCUGGUGUUUUAACAUUUCCUUUUUUCCUUUUGUCUUUUUUCUUUUUCUCUUUGUUUCUUUGUUUUUU